UCGAAAGAAAAAGUCAACCCUUGUCUACAGAGAUGAAUAUGAACGACGAAUUUCACAAAGAUGGCAAAUUGGCAGAUGCGACAUUUGUUGUUGAAAAUCAUAAAAUACUAGUAUCUAAGGCAGUACUUAGUGUCGCUUCACCUGUGUUUUGUGCCAUGUUUGAAGGUGACUUCAGGGAGAAAACAGAGUCGGAGAUACCAUUACCCGGAAAGAAUUAUGAAGAUUUUGUCGAGUUCCUGAGAUGUAUUUAUCCUGACAAGAUGAAGGUGAUAACCGCAAGGAACGUCUACAUGAUUCUCCCUUUGGCUCAUGAAUAUAGCGUAGAGAGGAUGAUGAAACGUUGCCAAGACGUGCUCAUGCGCACAGUUAGGAAAAAUUACAAAGAGAAUGUUGAAGAAUUGUACCGGCAUAUCCACUUCUCUGAAAUGUAUAGCCUAGAAGAAUUGAAGGAGAAGUGCAUUUAUCUAGCUUCAGAGCAUACUCUUAAGCAAUUUAAAACUGCAAAAGAAAUGUACCAAAUAACAGAUGCCAGUCACGGUAAGAUAAUAGAGCUUGCCCUGAGAAGACAUGAGCUGAAUAAAGCUGACGAAAAGGUUUUUACAGCAAAGACAAAACUCCAAUUUUAUUCUGAGGAACCGGUGCAGUGUGACUUAAAUGGGAAAUUAAUUACAAAUGGAAGAAGGGCAAGCGACGUUUGCCAAGCAUUGAGAAUAAUUGAAAGAUUUAAAUUUACUACAAAUACCUCAAACAACAUUGAGUCAAGCUUAUUGGAAAAGUUACAAAUCCUUCUUGACAAGGAAGAAGAUAUGGAAGAAUUUGAUCUUCUCCCAGAAAGUGUAAAAGCUGCUUUACAAAACAGGAGUUAAGCAUGUGUCGUGAAAUAUAGAACGAGUGAAAAACAUUAAAUUAAUCUAUAAGGAAACUUUGAUUAUCACUUACUGUAUUAUGAUACCCAUAAUCUAUGAAAUGAUUUGCGUGUUUGUUGCUUGUUUCUUUUUUUACCAUCAUAUUGCUAUAAAUAACAAAAUAAUUACAAUUUAACCAAAGUUUAUAAAUUUGAUAUGGCCAGUCAAAUUCAUUCAAAGCCCAAGGUCAAGGGCAGUUCAACCUGUUAGAAGGUCUUGUCCAUAUUGUUAUUUUUUUCAAAGUAUGAAGAUAAUCCAUUAAAAUAUUACCAAGUUAAAGUCAAUAUUACAAAAAAAAAAAACAGUGAGAAUUCAAUAACUUAACCUCCAAGAUCAAAGUCAUAAAAGAAUCAAGGUAAGUUUGAGUUUAAUUUACAGGCUUGUCUUUUCCUAAAGAAUAUUGUGUUAUAAUAUGAAGUCAAUCCAUUCUCAAAAACAAAGUAAUAGACAGUUAAAGCAAACAAUAUAAAUAAAAAAAUACAUACAUACAUAAAAAUAUAAAAAUGAAUAAGUAGAUGAAAAAAAAAUGAAAUUUCAUUUAUCUAACCUUCAAGAUCAAUGUCAUUUAUGAGUGAUGGUCAAAAUAUCUCUGAUAACUUGAAAGUCUAUCCUAAAAAUACAUUAUGUUCAAGUUUGAAGACAAUCCAUUCAAGAAUAACAAAUUAAUAGCCACUAAUAGAUAACAGAAACUGCUAAAACAAGCAAACUUUAGACAUUUAACCUUGAAAGUCAAGGAUAGCCGGUCUAUUAAAAGAUCUUGUCCAAAGGGUUGUUGUAGUCAAGUAUGAAGACAAUACAUCAAGAAUUUAAAAAGUUAUAAUCAAGGUUAAAGUUUGCGAACGGCCAGCUAAAAAGACGAUGGUAUUCAAAUAUGUACGUCUUGGAACAACGAUAGUUCAUAUUAAUAACAAAACAACCGAAAACGAUAUUAUAGAAUCAAGAAACGUGAAAACACUAAAUAGGUCUUGGCCUUUUUAUUGCUUUUACCAACACAUCGGGUUUACAAUGUAACUAUCUUUAAUGUGUUAUGACAACAUUCUGUUAUAAACGAUGUAAUGACUACAUAAUAUAUUUAGAUAUAUUGUAGAGAAUGUAUGUGUACUGUAUACAUUUUAAUACUAGCUUCAUUUCUUUACUUUAUAAAACAUGUGAAAAGUGUAUGUAUAUACGUACAUAAAGUGUAUUUUAUAAUAAAGUGUAACUGCUUGA